UAUAUGAUUGCGUUGCAGGGGCAGAGCAAUGGAAUACGUAGAGCCCGGUGUUGGCAUUGCAAAUUGUCUUGGACCUCCUGUUUGUAAAUACUUGAAAUAUCACAUAAAGCUGAAUGAUUAUGUGAGAAACUUCGGGAGGAUCAGAGAUGAAUUGAAUUGUAAAAUGGAAGACAUAGAGCUGCAAUUGAAAGCAGAGCUUCUUUCUCCUUCGGGGAAGAUACCAAAGCAGGGAGUUGAAAAUUGGUUGAAAGAUGCGAAAGAAAUGAUUGCGGAAGCACAGGAUGUGGAAAAUAAAGUCAGAAAAGGGAGAUAUCUCUGCCGUGCUUGGAACGGAAAUCUGGUUGAUGAAAAGACUCGAGAAAUGAAGGAAUUUCUUGAUAAAGGUCCUAAUGCCUCUGAAGGUCUUGCCAUGGAUGGUCCAAGUGGUGGGUUGCCACUGCCAACAUCAGAACUAGUUGGGGAGGAAGCUGUCAGAAAUGAUAUUUGGACAUGUUUGAUGCAGGAGGAGGUGAGCAAGAUUGGGGUUUGGGGGAUGGGCGGUGUGGGUAAAACCACUAUCAUGAAGCACAUCCACAAUGAUCUUUUAAAGCAACAAAGAUUCGAAAGGGUAAUCUGGGUUACCAUAUCAAAGGAGUUCAAUGUAAUGAAGUUACAAGAUAAUAUUGCAAGGGCGUUGAAGUCCAAGGAUUAUUUAGACAAAGAAGAAGACAAGCUCAGACGAGCAGCAAUCUUGUCAGAAAUGCUGAAGAACGCAGGAAAGCAUGUUCUAAUCUUAGAUGAUGUGUGGGAUAAAGUCUCUCUAGAGGAAGUUGGGAUCCCUGAGCCGAGUGGCAGCAAUGGCUGCAAGUUGGUGUUGACAACCCGUUCGGAGCAUGUCUGUAAGUAUAUGGGUUGUAAGGUGAUAAAAGUGAAGCCACUGUCAGAAGAAGAGGCAUUGAUUCUAUUCUUGAAUAAAGUUGGGCCUAACAUAGUUCAAAAUCCAACAAUAAUGCCAACUUUGAAGCUUGUUGUCAAGGAAUGUGCGGGUUUACCACUUACAAUUGUUGUGGUUGCUGGUACCAUGAAAGGAGAAGAUAACCCUCAUAUUUGGAAAAAUGCACUAAAGGAAUUGAAAGAGAGAAUAGGGAAAGUGGAAGGAGUGGAAGUUGAGGUAAUCGAGCGUUUGAAAUUUAGUUUUGAUCACUUGAAAGAUGGGAAAGUAAAAGAUUGCUUUUUGUAUUGUGUAUUAUAUCCUGAAAAUUUUGAAAUUGAAAAGGAUGAGCUAAUUGAGUGCUGGAUUGAAGAGGGAUUCAUAGAUGAUAUGGGUACAAGACAAGAAAUGAAAAACAAGGGCAUUACUAUUUUGAAGAAGUUAGAAGAUAAUUGCUUGUUGGAAAAUUUCAAGGUUGAAAAAGUGAAAAUGCAUGAUGCAGUGAGAGACAUGGCAUUGUCGAUCACAAGAAUGAAUCUUCCAUAUAUGAUACAAGCAGGUUUGCAAUUAGAAGAGUUACCAGAAAAGGAGCAAUGGAGUCCGGAUAUUGAGAAAGUGUCGCUUAUGUAUAACUCCAUAUCAGAAAUUUCCAUAGAUGUGCUGCCCACAAAAUGUAAACUGCUCACAACUUUGUUAUUGCAGGGGAACCCUAUAAAGAAGAUCUCAUAUUCUUUCUUCACAAACAUGCCUUGUCUUAGUGUUCUCAAUUUGUCUUUUACCAAGAUCGAGAGUUUACCAGAUUCCAUCUCUGAACUAAAAAACCUAACAACAUUGUUACUUCGUGGCUGUCGAGAAUUAAGAGAUCUGCCAUGUCUUUCGAUGCUUCAAGAAUUGAAGAAGUUGGAUCUUCAUUGGACUAAAAUUGAGGAAGUCCCUGAUGGCAUGGAUAUGCUGAUAAAGCUAAGAUACAUUGAUCUUCAAGUGCGCACUCUGAAAGAGAUACGUGCUGGACUUUUACCAAAACUCGUUCACCUUCGGCACUUGAGUUUUGAUGUGAGAAAUAGACAAACAAGUCUAAAAGCAGAAGAGAUUGAACCGUUGAAGAAGUUGGAGUGCUUUACCGGACGUUUCGAAGAUAUCGAUGAAUUGAAUAAGUUCAUCUCCUCAAUGAAACAAAGUAAGAAAAAUCUCAUCAAGUACUAUUUACAGGUGGGCAUAGCUAAUUUCAUGAUGCACCCAGUUGAAGGAGAUAAAAUAGUAACAAUUGGAGGAGUCCAGAAUUGGGAAGGUGAGUUAAUUAUGCACCCAAUUGAAAUUCAACAGUUGAAUAUUUUUCAGUGCAACUAUUUAAGAAGCUUAGUUGAUGAUAAUUCUUCCUUCAAUAAUGCAAUUGACUUGAGGGUUUGUAAUAUUUGGAGCUGUGGAGGGAUAGAGUGUGUUGUUUCCUUGUCCUCUUUUACCUCUUCUUCCACUCAUCCAUUUCAGAGGCUUGAGGAGUUGUGUCUUGAAGCUCUGCCAAAGUUGAGUGCCCUUAUUAUCAAAGACGAAGGAUUUGGUUCAACAACAACAUCAACAUUGGCUCCGUCUGCCACCUUUUCCCAUCUCAAGCAAAUUGUUAUAAUCAGAUGCUCAAGUAUGAAGACGUUGCUUCCAAACCUCCAAAACCUGGAAGAAAUAUCAGUGUUAGAAUGUAAUGAGGUAGUAGAAAUAUUGGGAGCACCGACAUUACAAGUUGUAGAAAAAGGGAGUGAUGCAUUAAUCAAAUUCUAUCUUCCCAAAUUGAGAGAGUUGGUUUUGUGGGGAUUACCAAAAUUGAAGAGCAUUUGCAACAAAAUUGGAGUAAUGGUUUGUGAUUCUCUCCAACUUAUCAAAGUUGUUGAGUGUUAUAAACUAAAGAGAAUUCCUCCAUUUGUUCCCCUUGUUGGCAAUGGGCAGCCAUUUGCAUAUGCUCCACCGUCUCUUACCAUCAGCUCAACCACAAAAUGGUGGGAAUGGUUGGAGUGGGAUGACCAUCCAAGCUUUAAAAUGUUCUUCACUUCAAACCCUAUUGAAGAAUUAAAGUGUUGCUGCCAAAGAAGUAGGGUGGAGGAUAGUGCAAAUGAGAUGAUAAAAAAGGUGAUGGAGAUGGUGGCAGUAAAACCAAUGAUGGAUAAGGUUAAGACCAUUGAGAUGCAAAGUUCUGCCUUUGUACCCACAGCAUUCUUUCUUCUUCACUGUCUUUUAAUUUCUUUUGAUUUCCAAGGUCUAUCACAAAAUUUCAAGCAUCCCGUCAAAGAAUGCAAGAUGAAUGAAGUUAACAGAGACUUGAGCUUGAAGGCUCGAUGUCUUGCUGAGCAAACAAGAAAAUCAGCUGAGACCUUUGAGGAAAUUGCUUGA